AUGGCCACGUCCACAACGACACUCACCCAUCCUGCUGAGAAGGACAUUCGUGAGAAGCAACGGCAAUGCAAGUCGAACACGAUCUUCCAGCGUCGUAUCCCCAAGUUCAAUUCAUUUGAGAAAGAGCGACGAUGGAUGCUUGGACAUAUGGCAGCCGCGUUCAGGGUGUUGGCUCGCAAAGGCUUUACAGAAGGACUUGCUGGCCAUAUCUCGCUCCGUGAUCCUGAAUACAAGGACUGCUACUGGACGAAUCCGCUUUUACGCCAUUUCGGGUUGAUGAAAGUGUCUGACCUGGUCUUAUUGAACCACAACGGCGAAGCAGUCGGCGGCGCGACACAUCUACCUGUAAAUGCCGCCGGCUUCCAGAUCCAUGGCCAUAUCCAUCGUACAUAUCCACAUGUGAAUGCUGCCUGCCACGCACAUUCAGUCAGUGGACGAGCAUGGGCUUGCUUCGGCAAGCGGCUAGAUAUGCUCCAUCAAGAUGUCUGUAACUUCUAUGGUGAUUCUCACCAAGUGUACGACGACUUCGGCGGAGUCGUACUGGAUGCAGACGAGGGCGACCAGCUUGCAUCUGCGCUGGGUCCCAACGGCAAAGGCUUGAUUCUGCGAAACCAUGGACUGCUGACGGUAGGAAAUACUGUCGACGAGGCCGCCUAUCUUUUCUGCCUGAUGGAUACAUGCUGCGAGAUCCAACUAAGGGCUGAGGCGGCGUCUGUGAAUGGGGCCAAGAAGAUUCUAGUGAGCGAUGAGGCGGCUAAAAUGACGUUCAAGGCAACAAGUAUCGCAGAAGGGUUGUACUCUGACUUCCAGCCUGAGUAUGAAUACGAGCUCGCAAUUUCGAAGGGCGAACUCUUGGAGUAG